CGUCCAGCACAUUCCACACUUGGGGGAGGAGUCUAUGUUUUAACAAUGUUUUUCACCAAAAAUGCUUUCUGCUUCUGUCUUUCUUUAGUAAGUAAUAUUAACCAUUACAAGUAAGCCCAAACUCCAGAUUUUCUAUCUCUAAACCCAUGUUCCGACUGAAACGGGAAAUUUUAAACUCUGCGGAUUACUACACGUUCAAACGCUGCUGCGAAUCGCAGCCUGCUCUCCGCCCAAAAAGAAUAUCUCUCCGCCAAGCCGAUAUUUAUUUAUUUUUAAAAUCUCAAAUUAAUGUUCAAAAAUAGAAUAUGAACAGAAUAGCCAAAGGUGCUCAACAUUUGCAACUUCGGAUCAAACCCCGGAAGAAGAAGACAGUCGUGUGCGAGGGAUUAUUUUCCUUUCUCAGGGUUUCCAAGAUGGCCGUUCGCUUCAAGUAUUUCUGUUUCCCGACAGGGAUUUUAUAGAUUUUUUUAAAAAAAUAAAAUUACGUUAGAAAUUAAGCCCCCACUCCUCGGAGAAAAAAAUCACGACGAUUCCCAAUAAACUCACCAAAUUAUAAAGUGGAGCAAGCGACGAUGGAAUGAAAGUGCUUCAGUAAGGGGUGUGGAUUCUGGAAAAAGUGCAGCAUGGAUGGAAUGGAAUCAAGCAAUGAAGAUAAUUGCACAAAUGCCACAGCUAUGAACAUUGACUCUGCUGAAAAUAGUUCUUUAGCAGAAGAUGAAGAAGCUGAUCCGUCUGCAUCUCAUGGUUGCACAAAACGAGAAGAAACGUCUGAGCAUGUUUUGAAAGAGCAGCACGAGGAGCAGUGCAGCUUGGAGCAAAGGCUGUGCGUGUUCUGUAAUUGUGGAGAGCAGAGCCUACAUGGACAAAGAGAGCUGAAGCAGUUUGAUCCAUCGGUUGUGUUGGAUGAAUUUGGAAAUGGAGGGGCAAACAGAACUACAAAGGAAGCCAGUCCAACAUCAAGGCACACGAGUGUUUCAGGGACGGAGGGGCUCUCCGAUGAGCUUGUACAAGUUGGCUUUGAAAGAAGUACAACAACAGUGGCUCUCUUUGAGUCAACAGGGCAUUUCUGGGCUCAUCAUUGGUGUGCAGCCUGGUCGAAUGGUGUUGAACAGGGUGAGGGACAAAAACUGGUCAAUGUGGACAAAGCUGUAAUCUCAGGUAUCUCACAGAAAUGUGAGUAUUGUAAACGGUUGGGAGCUACCAUCCAGUGCCAGAUGGAGGGAUGUUUAAGAUCGUACCACUUUCCCUGCGCAGCAGCAUCUGGAUCCUUUCAGUCAAUGAAAUCAUUGACCCUUCUGUGUUCAGAACACAUUGAUAAAGCAGUGGAAAUAGCAAAGGAUGAGGCAAAUUGUGGCGUAUGUGAUGCACCAGGGGAUCUCCUGGACCUUCUCUUCUGUACCAGCUGUGGAUUGCAUUAUCAUGGUGCAUGUCUGGAAAUUGCCGUAACACCAGUUAAACGUGCUGGUUGGCAGUGCCCUGAGUGCAAAGUAUGCCAGACUUGCAGACAGCCUGGUGCCGACACAAUGAUGCUUGUGUGUGAUGCAUGUGACAAGGGCUAUCACACAUUUUGUUUAAAACCAGCAAUGGAAUCACUGCCUACUGAUAGCUGGAAAUGCAAGAACUGCCGGGUGUGCAGUGAUUGUGGUUCAAGGUCUGCAGGGAGGCAUCCAAAUUCACAGUGGCAUCACAACUAUUCAGUGUGUGAGAAAUGUUACUGGCAAAGGAACAGGGAUACUGCAGUGUGCACACUAUGUGGUAAAACAAAUGAACAAACAGAUGACACGCUAAACUGCCAUAUCUGCCAAAGGUGGAUCCAUGCAGACUGUGGCCCUUCAUCUCUUCUUUUAUCAGGGCAACAGUACACGUGUACAAUGUGUAAAAACCCAUCACAAAACUCAGGCCUUUCACUUUCUGAGCAUGUUGUUGAGAGGCGACUGAAGCUUGGGUCAGUGGAAUCAGAGAAAGUAAAAGAAACUGAAUGGUCUGAAAAGCAAAAGAAGAAUGUUGAACCAGAAAAACAAUUGAAUGAGAGUGUCGCUGGAAACCCAUUUCAGAAACAGGAGGGUUCCAUUGAAGCUACUAGUAGUAGUGUGGAAACAGCAAUUCAAAGACGACAAACGUCUGAUGUUGGCACCAAGGAGCAGGUGGAAUCUCAAUCUCUUAUUUCUUCAGAGGAAGGUGGGGUUGAAGACUUAACUACAGUGAAAGAGUUUGAACAUGAGAAACCUGAUGAAGGAUUCCAUUCUUCUCCAAAUAGAGAUGUUUGUCAGACUUCUGAAACUGGAGGAGGUGCACAACCUUCUGAGAGCAUUAAAAGUGGAGUAAUCACUUCAGUGGAACCUUUGUCUGCAGGAAAAGAAUUGCCAGAACAUUUCAGUUUGGAUCCAGCAGACCAGUUGGAAGAUUUUAUACAGGAGAAGGAAGUAAAAAUGGAGAGCUCGGUUUCUCUGUUAGACCAGGUAGAGCCAGGUCUUCCUGCAGAGAUGGGUGUCAGUCCCACUGGUUCCAUCCCAGAAGAAUUGAAACCCCACCGCCUUAUCUCACACCCUGACCUGAUGGACUCUGCUAGUAACUCUGCCGAAGCACAAUUAGACUCUGCCACCUCUGUUUCGAUCAAGCAGGAGACUAACCAAAUCCAAACAGACAAAACUGAGCUCUGUGACAUUCCUGCUGAUUCAAGCUGUAGCUUCGUGGAGAGGGGUGAAGUUUCUGAUAUAGUCUCGGAUGGAAUGGAGACCAGGGAUAAUCCUGUUGAAAUGGAAGUUAAUGAUAUUGUGACCCCUAUGGAGGUUGUACCUGCAGUAAAUAAGCUAAAGACUGAGCAAGAUGCUCAAAUGGAGGUGCAGGAUAUUGGGAGCACAGACCCUGUCAGUAACAUGUUCAUUAAAUCCGAGAUAGUAGAGGAAAUAUCGAAUCAAAGUCAAACGGACUCGAACAGCACCUGCUUGGAACCAGAUUAUCCAGUUACUUUGGACCGUGAUCCCAGUCUGGCUACUAUGGAUGUUUGCAUGACCGUAGCAGAUGAUGUUUCUCCAAGGGUGGAAGAAGAAGCUGAAAAGUCCAAUUCAGACCUCCGGUUAACAGAAACUGAAGAUUCCCUCCCAGCUGACUCUGGAAUGAUGAAGAGUGAAUCUGGCAAGCCUGCUAUAAUGAAGAGGCGCUUUUCACCAGGUCGCCCUCGAGUCAAGCAGGGUCGUUGCAACAGUUUUCCAGGCAAAAAACGACCCCGUGGUGGCGGGCAUGUUGGGCGAGGACGAGGGCGAUCACGUUUGAAGUCUGUGUCUGGAAUCUUGGAGUCUCUAGGGUCUACAGGAGUGGAUACAUCUCCAAGUAAAGAGGAAGAUGACGAUGAUGAUACAAUGCACAACACAGUGGUUCUCUUCUCCACUGAAGACAAAUUUAUUCUCCUACAGGAUAUGUGUGUGGUGUGUGGGAGUUUUGGACGAGGGGUAGAGGGACAGCUUUUGGCCUGUUCACAGUGUGGGCAGUGCUAUCACCCAUACUGUGUCAAUAGUAAGAUUACAAAAGUUAUGUUGAGCAAAGGGUGGCGUUGCUUGGAAUGUAUCGUAUGUGAAGCAUGUGGAAAAGCUUCUGAUCCUGCUCGUUUAUUGUUAUGUGAUGACUGUGAUAUAAGUUACCACACGUAUUGCCUGGAUCCACCAUUGCAAACUGUUCCAAAGGGUGGGUGGAAAUGCAAGUGGUGUGUUUGCUGUACACAGUGUGGUGCCACAACACCUGGUUUUCACUGUGAGUGGCAGAAUAACUACACUCACUGUGCACCUUGUGGCAGCCUUGUUACUUGUCCUAGCUGCAAUGAAGACUAUGAAGAAGAAGAUCUUCUCAUACAGUGUCACCACUGUGAUCGGUGGGUCCAUGCCAUCUGUGAAAAUCUCUUCACAGAAGAUGAAGUGGAACAAGCAGCAGAUGAGGGCUUUGAUUGUACUGCAUGUGAGCCCUUUGUUGUUCGUCCAAUUGUUCGAAGUGAAUCCCCCGUCAUUGCACCUAUCAUCAAAGUCAAGGAUCCAGAUUUGAUUUAUUCGUAUGUAGAGCCACGGUUUUAUAAUCACGACGGCGUAUGGCUGACAGAGUCGGGCAUGUCACAGUUCCGAAGUCUUAUACUUUCUCCGCCGCACAAAAAAGGACCAAAGCCCAAACUAAAGAACAAACCUCCGACACCAUGCAGUGAGCCAAUGAUGGUUAGUGUAGAUGGCUCAUCUAUAGAAAUAAAGAAAGAAGAAGGUGAAGGGGAGGAGGAAAAAGUUGCCAUGGAACCAGGGGAGUGUGAUGUAAAAUUUGAUGCACCUGUCAGCCAGGAGCGAGAGGUGUGCCCAGUGAAUGAUCCUGUAAAAGCAAGUGAAGAAACUGAGGAAGGGAAGAAGAGGAAGAGGAAGCCAUACAGACCUGGAAUUGGUGGAUUUAUGGUCCGUCAGAGGCAAUCCCGGACAAAAAAUAUGAGUAAAACCUCUGGACCACAGCCUGGAGUGUCCACUGAAUGUCCAAACACUGAAGGUACCAAAGAAGAAGGUACUCAGAUGGACCUUUCAGCCGAAGGUGCUGCUGAUACGCCUGUAAUAGGUGCCGAUGUAUGCGAAAAGGCAAAGAAACGGCAACGUCGAAAGAAAAGCAAGUUGGAGGAUUCUUUUCCAGCAUAUCUACAGGAAGCGUUCUUUGGAAAAUCACUGCUGGACAGCAGUCGGAAGGUUUGCCUCAGUUCAGAGGGUUUCUCUGACAGUGAAAGCACUGAGUUUCCACAAGCCACGACUCAAGCGGACUCGGCACCUCAGCAGAAGGAUUUAAUUGAAGAAAAGCAUGAUGGAGCCCAUGGAAAGGCUCCUGAUGCAAAGACAAUCCAAGCCAUCCCAGAACAUAAUGGAGAUCCAAUCCCUGAUGAACCACCUAAAACUGAAGAAACACAACCAGAUGGAAUGGGUUUCGAUCUCAGUCCUUUCCACGCAGACAGCUCCCUCUCUCCCUUUGCUGGGAUUGACAUCUCAUCCGUUACGGAUGAGCUUUCAGCCAAUCAUCCAAAUGAGAGCUCAAAGCGAAAUCAGCCUUUCAAUGAUGUUCCAGUGGAGGGUGCCCUCAGCUCAGAUCUUGACAAGAUUGUAACAGAAGAACUAGCACAAAUGGAGAGUAAAGAUGUACAACAGCUCUUCACUGAUGUUUUGGGAUCACAGGGAAAUCCUCCACUUUCAGAAUCAACAUUAGGUGGUAUUCGAACUGCCUCCGAAAGCCAUCUACUCACUUCUCAUGGCUUGGGAGAGCUUAUUAGACCUUCAGUAUGCCAGCGGGGUCUCCUUCCUGGAGGGACGAUGGCAGUUGGGCAACUUACUAUUGGUGGUCCUCUGGCGCAGACAUCAGGUGCAACCGGGGAGUCAUUUCCCAAUGUAUGUCAGUCACCGUUUCUAGAAAACAGGGAAAGGAGUAUACCUUUCAGCCCAGACAGUGGGGAGCAACAGAGCCCGUGGACAACCCCUGCCACCCCAGCUACCCCGACCACUCCAACGACCCCGACCACUCCUACAGAGGGAGAAGGAGAUGGGCUGUCCUACAACCAGCGAAGUAUACUUAGAUGGGAAAAAGAUGAGGCUUUGGGGGAAUUAUCAACCAUAUCACCUGUUCUCUACGCGAAUAUCAACUUCCCGAACCUGAAACAUGAUUACCCAGACUGGGCAAGUCGUUGUAAGCAGAUCACUAAGAUUUGGAGAAAGGUACCGGCAACUGACAAAGCACCAUUUCUGCAAAAGGCCAAAGACAACAGGGCAGCUCAGCGCAUCAACAAAGCACAGAAGCAAGUUGAUAUGCAAGGUAACAGGCAGCCCAAAAUUGAGAGACCAGAUGUAAAACAGGAUCGUAAACCACCCCGUCAUCUGCAAACCUUGACUCAGAAUACUGCAGUGAGCAAUCUCACUUCUGCAACGUUAGUUGGGGGGAAUUCCAGUUCGCCAGCAGAACUAAGGAUUGAAGGUUUACGCCAGAAUUCUUCUUUAUACGGUAACAAAUCAUUUACUACCUCGGCCAAUGAAUUUGUGAAAUUGCAGUCAGCAAGCCCAUCGUCUACAGACUCCAACAGUGAUUUGUUUCCAAAACUGCACAUGCAGUCUCCAACUGGAAUUGUAGCCCAGGAUCCUUUUGGGCAUUCACUCACACCAUACCCUCAGGAACCAAACGUUCAGUCUUCCAGUAAUCCAAGUCAAGCACCAGCAUGGAACAGCUCCCAUCACCAAUCGGGUGUACCUCGUCCUGUUGUUCCAGGCCGACCACAGCUUGUUGGUUCUUCGGAGCUGCAUUCUACAACAGCAGGCACGUCACACCAUCAGCUCCCUUUAACUCCUGACUCUUACCUUCGAUCUAGAGUGCUCGGUGAGUCGCAUGAUAGCCACACAGUUGAUCAGCCUUUAGGAAGUCCAGGGUUUCGUUCAUCGCAGGCAACAGAUUGUUACGCGAAACCAACUGAAACUUUAGCAUUACCAUCAUCAACUGGGGAACAGUUAAGGCGACUCUCAGAUUCAGAAGUUGGAGCACAGCAUACCAGAAAUGAACAGUAUACAGGAGUCAUGAGGCAAGAUUUGAGUGCAAAUUCCUUGGCACUUUACAGAGCUGCAAUGUUGGAUCCAAGUAUGAAUGUACGGUCACUCUCUGAUGGGAGGGACAGAGAUAUCUUCAAAGCACCUUUAACUCCCAGAUCAUCGUAUAUGGACCAAACGCCCAUAGUACCUACUCAGCGUUCUCAGGAACUACACCCUCAGUCUCAGGGUGUCUCACCACAAACUCAGACAGAUUUGUACAGGCAGUCUCCUUCUACACCAUUUUCUGAUCCAUAUCAUCAACCUCCUUUGACACCACGGCCAUCUUCUAGCGAAAGCUGCUCUCCGCUACCUCCUAAAUCUCUCCCUUCUGAUUCUCUUUCCAGGGUCCCCAUGAGUCCACAGUCUCAGUGCAGUUCACCAUUGACACCCAGGCCACAUUCCAAUGAGACAUUUUCUCAGUCUCCCAUUGCUUCUAGAUUCCAAUCACCAGAUCCUUAUUCUAGGCCACCUUCAAGAGAUCCUUAUGCUCAGCUUCACAAGCCACAGAGACCCCAAAUGGUUGACACAGGAUUUAAAUCCUCACCAGUGCCUCAUGGGCAGCCACCUGGUACAAUUCCGCAUUCAGCAAUGUUUUCUCAACACACUGACAGCUUAAAAACAGCUUAUGUAAUGCAGCCUCAAUCGCCAAGACCUCACUCUUUUGAUGCAUGUUCCAAGACGUUUACCAGUGCUCAGCCACAAAGUCCAUUUCCAUUCACUUCUUCACCAGGCGAUAUGGUGAAAGAAACCCAUUCUCAGCAGUCAAUAUCUCAGAUGCCGCGAGCAAAUAAUUUUCCACAAAGUCACCUGAUGGGCAGCCAGCUCAAUACAAAUGAUGCUCAUUGUCCUCCGCUCAAUGCCAAUAAUCAGUCAGGACUUCCAGAUUCAGCAUCUAUCACGAGAGAUGAAACUUUCACCAAUAUGCCUUUACGGCCAUCCUUGAUCAAGCAAGAUACACUACCUUUGCAGCAAGAUUGUUCGUACCAAACUUCAAGCAGCCGUUCAGUGACUGAUUCAUCUCCAUCAGAGAGAAGCAGUGAGAGUUCCACACCGGUGCAUCCCCCGGCAUCUCCCAGCAGAGAUUUGCAUGAGCUUCCAUUUAACAGGGGAGCACAAACUGGCAAUCUCAGUCAGACAGAGCUGGAGAAACAGAGACAGCGGCAGAGAUUGCGUCAGCUUUUGAUCCGUCAGCAAAUACAACGGAAUAACUUGCGACAGGAGAAAGAACAGGCUGCUGCAUGCGGGGGAGGCACUACUACAACUAGUUGGUCGCAAGAAAGUUCAAACCAGCCCCAUGAGCUACAGACAAGAGCACCACCUCCAUACCCCCUCUCCCAGGAUCGGUCUGGCCUGAGAGGGCUAAUCCCUGGCUCAGGAAAUGGAAGACUAAUAAAUCCGGUGGUCAUAGAUAAACAGCGAUUGUUUCCUCAGGAUGAGAAUCUGUGUAGGCCUCCACAGCCAGGCAGUACCCCUACUGGUGAAGUAAACACGUCCAGUUGCAUAUUUUUUUCUAGACAAUCAGGAGUUGGUAACCCGCAAGGAUUUCACCCAAGAAGCUUACCAGCUGCUCAACAACAACAGUGGCAGCAGCAGUUAGCACAAAGACUUCCUGGACAGACUCGUUUCCAGCAACCUGAGGCUUUGCAUGUUAGCAGGCCUGCAAUGACCAUGCAAAUGAACAACACAACUGGACUUAACCCUCGACUUGCCACUCAAAUCACUUUUCAAAAUGCACAGCAACAAAUUGUGGCUUCACCAAUUCCUGUGAGCCCUCAGUACAUAGAACUGAGACACAAUUCCCAACGUUUACCCAUUGCUGCCCAAUUGACACAGCGUGCUCCCCAGCCAAGACCGCGUCUUCCACUACCAAAUCAAGAAAUCAAUCAGUAUGUGCACCAAAUGCAAGGAUGCAAGGUCAUGUCAAGGGGUCCAGGUACACCUUUGUCGCAGUCACCAGUUGGGAUUGCACUCUUGCCCCAGCAGAAUAUCUCUGCUCAGUUGCCGCCAUCUCCUCAAUCAGUGGAAGUAUCAAAUGCCCAACAGCAUAUCCAAACAAAAGAGCCUUUAGAAUCUACUGCACAAGUUCAAUCACAACAGGUGUUUCAAACUACUUCAUCGACAUCAUCCUCUCCUAGUUGCUGCUCAGACAGUUUGAAAGAUAGCUCUGUAUCCUUUCCACUUAACUCUGUCCCAUCGAUGUCCAGUGUAGUUACAGAGCAUGCAGAUUUAGAUCCUCGGAAAAUCCCUUGUGAUGAUUCAGUAGAAAAAGCCUUAGAUGAAGAACUUGACUCGCCUAAAGAGCUAGAUGAAGAAGAUGACCUUGCCAAUCUGAGUCUUGACCCAGACAGUAAGACAGAUGAUGAGCUUGGUAACCUUGAUAACCUAGAAACCAAUGACCCCCAUCUAGAUGAUCUCUUGAAGUGUGAAGAGUUUGAUCUACUGGCCUAUACUGACCCUGAGCUAGACACAGGUGACAAAAAGGACAUUUUUACAGAGCAGUUACGUUUAGUAGAAUCUGCAAAUGAGAAGGCAGAGGAAGGUCAGGAUAUUCUAGCUCAUCAAGAUGCUGUAAACCCUGCAAUUAAAGGUACACUCAAUAAAGUUAACAAAUCUGAUUUGGAAAAAACGGCAAAGGGAGAUGAGCGUGAAAAAACAUUGCCUAAAUCCAAUGUUGUUGCAGAUACACUGUCUACAUCCGAUAGGGUUAUGUGUGGAUCAGUGAAUAAUGUCACUUCAGAGACAAACAGUAACAAUCAGUGCAGUGAUCCAGUUAACAGGUCCCCAUCUACUGACGAUCCUCCCAAACCUACUCUUGAUCUAGUACUGAAGGUUGAGGAGAAUAUCUCCAAAAAUUCACCCUGCCAAUUUGUAGCAAAUACAUCUGACGCACAGACAGUUUUGAUAAAAUCAGAAAGUCAGUCAAAGGGAAAUGGUGAGAGAGGGGCAGCAUCAGUGCUACUCAGUAUUGGAACUGGCCUUAGUGUUAACGUAAGUGUAGCGCAAUGUCAUAGCACUGAAUGUACUACCAGUGGAACACAAACUACUGCUCAAAGUGGUACAGUUGCUUCAAGUGGUCAUGGGACUACACAUAUUUCCAGCAAUGGUCAUUCUAACUUGGAUUUAGAAAGUAAACCUUGUACAUCUUCGGCUCAGUUAGUAUCAAAGAUACCACUAGCUGCCCAGUCUAGACCAACAAUAGAUAAACUUGGACUAGACGAGAUGUGCCAUCACGUGUCCAGUAUGGAACCAAAACGUCGAUCUGUGGAUGACCUUGUUAAGGUAGAGAGUUCCCUGGAAGCAAGUGAGCUUCCACUACUCCUCCAUGACUUACUUGAGCAAGAGAAAAUGGAAUUGCAGCAGCAACAAUUGGGAGGAUCACAGUGUAUACCACCGCAACAACCGCAGCAACAUUCAACACCAAAGGCUCUCCAAGUUCUGCAACAACUUGAGGUUUCACAUCAACAGAGUCAUCCAGGACUUUCUCAACACCUUUCAACAACACAGCAAUCUCAGCACCUUGAGGGGCCAUCACAAAAUUUAAACCUACCACAACAACAUAUCCUGGGAGUGAUACAGCAUCAUCACUUGGGGAUCCCAAGAUCUCUUCCAUCUUCCCAGCAGCAACAGUUGACAGCGUCACAGCAACGGCUUGGAACCUCACCACAUGUCGUCAUGUCGCAGCAGCAGCAUGUGGCAACAGGACAACACGCACCGCAGCAGUUGGUGGCUACGCAACAGAAUCAGCAUAUGACCUCACCACAAUUGCUGCCAACUCAGCAGUUGGCUGUUUCGCAGUUGGGCAUCAUGCAGCAGACGCAGCAAGUUGUGAUGCAACAGCAGCAACAAUUAGCCAAUGCUUUCUUCCCAGAUACAGAUUUGGAUAAAUUUGCAGCUGAUGAUAUCAUGGACCCUAUUGCCAAGGCAAAAAUGGUGGCUUUGAAGGGAAUUAAAAAAGUCAUGGCACAAGGAAACAUCACUGUAGCACCAGGGAUGAAUAGGCAGCAGGUUUCAUUGUUGGCACAGAGGUUGGCUGGGGCUCCAGGAACAAACGAGACGCAGACAAAAUUGACACCUGGAAACAGUCAGCAGGAGGCUAAUAGUGACCAAAUGCAGGCUCGGCCAAAUCCACCAACCUUUGUCCAAGGGUUUAUCAAUGAGGCAGAGCACCGUCAAUAUGAAGAAUGGCUGCUCCAUACACAGCAGCUGCUUCAAAUGCAGCUGAAGUUUUUAGAAGAACAAAUUGGCGUCCAUAGGAAGUCCAGGAAAGCAUUAUGUGCCAAGCAACGAACUGCUAAGAAGGCAGGGCGUGAGUUCCCCGAAGCAGAUGCAGAAAAACUUAAACGGGUGACAGAGCAACAAAGUAAAAUCCAGAAACAACUUGAUCAGGUCCGUAAACAACAAAAGGAGCAUACAAAUCUGAUGACAGAAUAUCGGAAUAAACAGCAACAGAAAUGCUCUUUAUCUCCUUCGGGGAUGAUGCCAACAACCUCAUCACAGAAUCCGAGAGUAAUGCCCAAACUUUCAACACCCAUGUUAUCAGCAGCAUUAGCCCAGCAAGGAGGCGCAAUCCUUGGAUCUCCAGCAAUAGCUCAACAACCAAGUACACUAAUAGGGCACACAGGAAAUCUAAGAGUGCCACAAAUUGGGGCUACAGUACCACUGCAGCAGGGCCCAGCAUUCUUAACGUCAGCUGUGACCCAGCAACCAGAAUAUCCCCCUUCCUCAGGAACUGUAUCUUCUGCUCCUUCAACCAGUUUUUUUUCUGGAAAUUCUGCUGCUCAAACGCUUACAAAUGAAAGCAGACUCCUGCAGGAGAGACAGCUUCAACUGCAACAAAGAAUGCAACUUAUUCAACAGCAAGGACUUGUUGGGCCAUCUCAGCAGCAAAGCAUCAUGGGGAAGUUACAGCAGCAAGGUAUCAUUGGGCAGCUUCAGCCAACAACGCAACAAAGUAUUGUGGGUAAUAAACCAACACAGCAGGGUAUCAUGGGUCAACAGCAGCAAGCCUUCAUUGGCCAACAGCAAGGGAUUGUUGUCCAGUCACAACAUCAACCUGCUCAGCAGCAGCAAGUUCUUGCAGGGCAGCAGCUACCACAACAGCACAAUAACAUUGGUCAAACACAGCAACAGUCAGCAACACAGCACCAACAGAAUCUGGCACCUCAACAGCAGCAUUUGAGAUUGCUGAGUCAACAGCAAGGCCUCCUUGUGCAUCAGCAACCCCACCAACAGGGUCUUGCAAGUCAUCCAAAACCUCAACGACCCCAGCAAGGUCUUAUGGCUCAGCAGUUGACGCAUCAGCAAGGUCUUGCAGUUCAACAACAAGUGCUCACUUCCCAGCAGCAGCAACAGAAUCUGGUUUUACAGCAGCAGACAUCCAAUGCUCCUUUGCAACAGCAAGGGCUCAUAGGGCAUCAACAAGGAGUUGUAUCCCAGAAUCAGCAAUUGGGAACAAUACCACUACAGCAGCAUCACCUUCAGGCUGUAUCAGGACAACUCCAUCCACAAAGUGUUAUAAGACCAAACAAUAUCCUGAGACUUUCCACAUCCUUCCAACAGCAAAGCACAAUGGGGCAUCAAGCUCGAAUGCAGGGUAUAAUGAGGCAGCAAUCUCAGGAUGUUUUAGGCCAACAUCUUGCAACACAAGGCAUAAUGGGACAGCAGACUCCUCUGCAAGUCAUCAGGCACCAAUUGCCAGGCAUGAUAGGGCAGGGCAUGAGGCAACAGCAUCCACCCCAGGUCUCAGUGGAGCAAGGACAGCAGCCUCCAGGAACAAUGGGACAGGGACAGCAGCAUCAGCCCCAGAGCACAAUUGGACAGGGACAGGAAAAUCAGCCCCAUGCUGUUUUGGGAAUCGGACAGCAACCACAGCCUUCUCUCCAGCCGCAGGGAACAAUGGGGAUGGAGCAGCAGCAGCAACCUCUUCAAACCCAGGGAAGGAUGGGGCAGCAGUCACAGCCACUAUCCCAGCCCCAAGGUAUGGUGGAGCAAGGAGUUGGACAGCAGAACUCAAUGGGUCAGCAGCCUCCUCAGGGUCCACUAGGGCAAGGAAUGCCACAACAACAGUCAUCCCAAGGGACAGUGGGGAUGGGACAGCAACAGCAGUCACCCCAGAGUACAGUGGGGCUGGGACAGCAGCAAACGCAGCCUCAGGUCACAAUGGGGAUGGGAAAGCAGCAGCCCCACCAUCAGACUGCAAUGGUGGUGGGACAGCAACAUGCCCAGCCUCAGGUUGGGGUGGGCAUGGGGCAGCAACAAGCCCAGCCUCAGGGCGUGGUGGGCAUGGGACAGCAGCAGGCCCAUCCUCAGGGCGUGGUGAGAAUGGGGCAGCAACAGGCCCAGCCUCAGGGCGCAUUGGGGAUGGGGCAGCAGCAGGUCCAGCCUCCGGGCACAGUGGGAAUGGGACAGCAACAAGCCCAGCCUCAGGGCAUGGUGGGAAUGGGACAGCAACAAGCCCAGCCUCAGGCCUCAGUGGGAAUGGGACAGCAACAGGCCCAGCCUCAGGCCUCGGUGGGAAUGGGGCAGCAACAGGCCCAGCCUCAGGCCUCGGUGGGAAUGGGGCAGCAACAGGCCCAGCCUCUCGUCUUGGGAAUGGGGCAGCAGCAAGCCCAGCCUCAGGGUGCAGUGGGGAUGGGGCAGCAACAGGCCCAGCCUCAGGGUGGGGCGGGGAUGGGACAGCAACAGGCCCAGUCUCAGGGCGGGCUGGACAUGGGACAACAACAGGCCCAGCCUCACAGCACAUUGGGGAUGGGACAGCAACAGGCCCAGUCUCACAGCACAUUGGGGAUGGGACAGCAACAGGCCCAGCCUCAGGGCGCGGUGGGGAUGGGACAGCAACAGGCCCAGCCUCAGGGCGUGGUGGGGAUGGGACAGCAACCGGCCCAGCCUCAGGGCGCGGUGGGGAUGGGACAGCAACCGGCCCAGCCUCAGGGCGCGGUGGGGAUGGGACAGCAGCAGGCCCAGCCUCAAGGCGCGGUGGGGAUGGGGCAGCAACAGGGUCAGCCUCCAGGCGCUGUUGGGAUGGGACAGCAACAGGGUCAGCCUCAGGGCGCGGUGGGGAUGGGACAGCAACAGGGUCAGCCUCAGGGCGCGGUGGGGAUGGGACAGCAACAGGCCCAGUCUCAGAGCAUGGUGGGACUGGGGCAGAAACAGGCCCAGCCUCAGGGUGCAGUGGGAAUGGGACAGCAACAGGCCCAGCCUCAGGGUGCAGUGGGAAUGGGACAGCAGCAGGCUCAGUCUCAGGGCGCAUUGGGAAUGGGGCAGCAACAGGCCCGGCCUCUCAGCGCAGUGGGGAUGGGACAACAACAGUGUCAGCCUCAGAGCAUGGUGGGGACAGGACAGCAAAAGGCGCAGCCUCAGGGCGCAGUGGGAAUGGGACAGCAGCAGGCCCAGCCUCCAGGCGGGGUGAGCAUGGGACAGCAGCAGGCCCAGCCUCCGGGCGGGGUGAGCAUGGGACAGCAGCAGGCCCAGCCUCAGGGCGCGGUGGGAAUGGGGCAGCAACAGCCCCAGCCUCAGGGCACAUUGGAAAUGGGGCAGCAACAGGCCCAGCCCCCCAGUACAGUGGGGAUGGAACAGCAACAGAUGCAGUCUCAGGCCGCAGUGGGAAUGGGACGUCAACAGCCCCAGCCUCGUGGCACAUUGGGGAUGGGACAGCACCAGGCCCAGCCUCUGGGAACACUGGGGAUGGAGCAGGUGCAGACCCAGCUUCAGGGCACGGUGGGGAUGGGACAGCAACAGGCCCAGUCUCAGGGCACAGUGGGGAUGGAGCAGGUGCAGGCCCAGCCUCUGGGCACUGUGGGGAUGGGACAGCAGCAGGCCCAUUAUCAGGGUGCAGUGGGGUUGGAGCAGCAACAAGCCCAAUCUCAGGUCACACUCGGAAUAGGACACCAACAGCAAUCGUCCCAGAAUACGGUGGGGCUGGGACAGCCUCCGGGUACGUUGGGGGUGGUGCAGCAGCAGCAGCACUUAUCUCAGGAUGCACUGGGAAUGGGGCAGCAACAGCCUCAGCUUCAAGGCACAGUGGGGAUGGAACUGCAGCAGGUUCCGCCUCAGGGCACAGUGGGGAUGGGACAGCAGCAGGCCCAGCCUCAGGGUACAAUAGGAAUGGGACAGCAACAGGUCCAGUCUCAGGGCACGGUGGGAAUGGGGCAGCAACAAGCCCAGCCUCCGGGCACGGUGGGGGUGGGACAGCAACAGCAGUCAUCCCAGGGCCUAGUGGGUCAACAACGCCAGCCUCCGGGCAUGGCAGGCGUUGUUCAGCAGCAGCCCCAGCCUCAGGGCACAAUGGGGAUGGGACAUUCCCAGCUUCGGGGCACAGUGGGGAUUGGACAGCAAUCUCAGCCUGAGGGUCAGAUGGGGCAGGUAAAGCAACAGCCUCGAGGUUUGAUUGGGAUGAGACAAGGACAGCAGCAACAACUACUGCAGGGCCUGAUGGGGCAGUGGCAAUUUCAGCCUCAGGCUGGAAUUCGGCAGGGGCAACCACAAAGCCUGAUAGGGCAAGGGCAGUUGCCACAGAGCUUAAUAGGUCAAGAACAGGGACAGCAACAGCCAUGUCCACAGAGUAUUUUGGUGCAGGGUCAGGGACAGCAACAAUUGCAGAAUCUGAUAGGACAGAGACAGUCACCAAGUACUAUGGGGCAAGGACAGCGCAUGCAGAGCUUAGUUACAGUUGGCGGGCAACAAUCCCUCCAGGCUUCCGGUAUGAUGGGGCAGGAGAAAGAGCAGGAACAACAACCCACAAGCACAGUGAGGCAAGGGCAACAGCAAGGCAAAAUUGUAAUGGAACAAGAGCCUUUGCUGCCUUCCCAGUGCAUAAUGGGGCAGGACCGUAACCAGCCAUCAACUCAGAAUAUGGUGAGGCAGCAACAGCUAUCCAAGAAUGCAGCAGGACUUGUGCACACUCAGGGUAUGAUCUAUCAGAAUUUACAAACACGAGCAGUGACAUCAGUGCAGCAACCAACGCAGCAAGGUGUUGCAGGGCAGCCGCGGCUUGUGAGUCAGCAUGGUCAAUUAAUGAGACGUGUGCAACAACAAACUGUAGCAGGUCUACAACAAAACAAUGGUCUCAGUUUGCAAGGAGUGGUGCGAGUCACAACAUCUCAGCAGCAUGGAACUUUGGGAGAUCCAAGACAUGGGGUACAAAACAUCGUAACUUCACAGUCAUUGCAACAGCAUGCAGGUCUGCGUUCAGUUCAUAUAACUGGUCAGCAGAUUGGUUUAGGCCAUUUUCGUCCAGGCAUGGUCUAUGUUCAGCAGGUUAAAGCAGAACAUGGCGGGAAGCCACAAGAGAUGGCUCACCUACUUCAAAGCAAGCGCGCAAGGCAGAAUGUGGGAUCAGGAAGUGAAUUAGUGUCUGGCCAGGCUCAUUCCAAUCAUUCGCAAAUGUCACGUCCAGAAUUAAAUCAAACUAAUUUGGGAGAUGUACCUCCACAAGGUGAAACUAUGGAAACAGUAAUACAGCUGCAACCAGAAUUGCUUAAAGACAAUGAGUCUGAAGAAAGUAGUGUUUGCGUGACAGACCCAGUAGCAAUUAUGCCUCAAAAGGUACCUGAUUCAAACUCUGCUACGUCAGCAGUAAAACCACAUGGGAUUAUUGGAAAAGCAAGUUCAGGUACUGAGGUGCAAACCAGUAUUAAUGUUGAGAUCCAUGAACAAAGUGACUUGAAGACCGCUUGUGCAUUUGACUUCCCAAUAUCGCCUCAAAGCCAUGCAGCAAAAGAGGAAUGUGCUGGACUGAGAUCAGAAUCAUCGCUGUUGAAUCAAUCCAACGGGCAAGAGGAAUAUGCACAGAAAGUCACAGGAAAGCAAGACAAUUGUUCUAAAUUACAGGAAUGUGUUGCUAAGGACACCAACACAGGGGGUAAAGGUCACACAGUGAAACAGGAAAGCAUUGAUGCAAUUCGCUGUGGAUUUCCAGAAGGAACUGUGAAGCGAGAGUCAAAUACUGACUGUAUCAGUGCUUUGAAUGCAGGGGAUCAUUCUUUUCUUGCUCCAAGGUCUGAGGCUGGACAGCUGCUGCUUCAGAAAUUGUUACGCACUAAGAACUUGCAGCUUGUUGCACAGCGCUCUGGAGAUGGAACACACUUGACUGUGAAAAGUCACAUUGAAAGCAAAGCUGUGAUGAUUGAUCGAAAACUACAAGGUGCAACUACAAAUUCAGAGAUAAAGGAAUUUCAGGAAAUUAGCAAGAAAAACUUGGGCCCAAAAACAAAACGGACACAAAAAUCAACUGAUAGAGGCACCAACUCUCGAAAGAAGAAUAAAAAGGAUGAAGGAAUAAAAACUACUGAUGCCCUAAUGAAGCAGUUACAACAGCAACUCUCCCUUCUUCCUUUGGUGGAACCUACCAUUGAAGUGAACUUUGGUCUCUUUCCUCCAUUUGGGAGCAGUCCAUUCAACAGCAAAAAUCAGCUGAAAGGGUCAUUUGGGAAUGCUGUGCUAGACAAUGCACCAGAUUACUACUCUCAGCUUCUCUACAAGCAGAACAAUCUGAGUAAUCCACCGACCCCGCCUUCCUCAUUGCCUCCUACCCCUCCUCCCUCUGUCCAGCAGAAACUUGUGAAUGGAUUGGCCACUUCUGAGGAGCUGACAGAAGGGCAGAAAGAACUCGAAGGUCAAAAAGAUCUGCUAACAACAGAAUUGAAGAAUAUGGAUAUGUUGGCUUCUUUGCCCACACCACCGCACAACCAAAAUGAGGAGCUAAGUAGAGCAGAGAUAGAAGAGGACCGACGCACACCGGACAGCAUUGUGCUCGCAUCCUCACCGGAAAGUGUGUUUGGGCAAGAAACAUCCAGGUUUCCCUUGCUGACUGAAAUUAAGGAAGAGUCAAUGGACCGUGCCCUUUCUCCUGUGAUUCCCAUAAUUCCAGGAGCUUGUAUUCCAGUAUUUCCGGAUGCAAAGCCAUUUGUAAAUAUAGAGCCACUUGUGGAAAAUACUGAGAAGGGUGGGUCUUUGCCUGAGCCAUGGAAGAGUGGUAAAGGAAACCAAGUUGCAGUCACACUGGAUGUCUCAGGAGCAGCUGCCAAGGACAUAAACAGAAUGAUGACAACUUUUGCUCAGUUGCUUCAGAUGAAGAUCCCAACUUCUUAUGAGGUUACAUCUGUUCCUGACAGUCCACAUUCUUUUUUACCUGAUGGGAAAAAAACCAUCUUGGAUGCUCCAGAUCAAGUGGGUUCCAAAGAAGAACCAAUGGAUCUGGAGAAACUGGUGCUGGAAAAACAUAAUUGGUUCAAACAGUAUGAUGUCUCAUUACCAGGCUCUACUGUUAAAGCAUCAGGAAAAGAGCUUGCAACUGUCACGCCGGAAGCUUCCUCGGACUGUCCAAUAAAGGAAAGAAUUGUAGUGCAUCAUUAUAGUAACAAUAUGUCUGUCCUAGAUGUUCACCAGCUUCCCAUAUUACAACCAGAGAGCUCUCCACUCUCAUCCCCCAGUGUAUCGUCACCUGGGACUCCAGCAGAGUCAAAUAAACCUGAUCCACCAGUCGAGUCACCAAAAAUCAAACAUUCUCUUCCACUGGAUGAAAAGCAGUUUGAGGAACCUCCGCCACAACUGAAGAGGUGGAGGGGAAUCCGUUGGAAACGUUUGGAGUUUAAAGUCUUAUUUCACAAGGGGAAGUUUAAGCAUGUGUUUCAGCAUGAAAUUGAAGAACUUAUUCAGAAACUGGGAACAUCAUUAAAACCAGACCCCCUGCCCAAGGACACUAGGAGAUGCUGCUUCUGUCAUGAAGAAGGUGAUGGAAUGACAGAUGGGCCUGCAAGACUCUUGAACCUUGAUUUGGAUUUGUGGGUCCACCUAAACUGUGCAUUGUGGUCCUCUGAAGUGUAUGAGACUCAGGCAGGGGCACUGAUAAAUGUGGAAGUGGCUUUUCACCGAGGACUCACCACAAAGUGUGCUUUUUGUCAGAAGACUGGAGCCACUACUGGUUGUCAUCGGGUGCGAUGCCCAAACACCUAUCAUUUUGCUUGUGCUAUUCGUGCCCGUUGUAUGUUUUUUAAGGACAAGACGAUGCUUUGCAGUCAACAUAAACUGAAGGGAGCGAAUGAGCAGGAAAUUAGAUGUUUUGCUGUUUACCGCCGUGUCUACAUUCAGAGAGAUGAAGUGAAGCAGAUCGCUAGCAUUGUACAGCGUGGCAAGCGCAGUCACAUGUUUAGGGUUGGUGGACUGAUUUUCCAUACCAUUGGUCAGUUGCUGCCCCAUCAGAUGCAGGAAUUCCACAGUGUGACAGCUCUUUAUCCCAUUGGAUAUGAAGCAACACGGAUUUAUUGGAGCAUGCGAUACACUAACAAGCGUUGCUGCUACCACUGCACCAUCAAUGAUACAAAUGGGAAACCGGAGUUUGGCAUCCAGGUUAUUGAGCAAGGGCAUGAGGAUCUGAUUGUUACUGAUUGGACCCCACAAGGUGUUUGGAACCGAAUUCUUGAACCAAUUGUGCAACUGCGGAAAGAAGCGGAAAUGUUACGACUUUUUCCUGAUUACAUUAAAGGAGAGGACAUGUUUGGACUCACUAUUCAUGCUGUUCUAAGGAUUGCAGAGUCGUUGCCAGGUGUGGAGAGUUGUCAGAACUAUAUAUUCAGGUAUGGUCGGCACCCGCUUAUGGAGCUCCCACUAGCUGUCAAUCCAACAGGCUGUGCCCGAUCUGAGCCGAAAAUUAUGACUCACUACAAACGGCCGCACACCUUGAACAGCACCAGCACAUCAAAAGCAUUUCAGAGUACAGUAACUGGAGAAAUUAACACUCCCUACAGCAAGCAGUUUGUUCACUCCAAAUCUUCUCAGUACCGCCGACUGAAAACCGAGUGGAAAAAUAAUGUUUACCUGGCUCGAUCUCGAAUACAGGGUCUGGGUCUCUACGCAGCCAAAGACCUUGAGAAGCACACAAUGGUAAUUGAAUACAUAGGGACAAUCAUUCGCAAUGAGGUUGCAAACCGCAGGGAGAAAUUGUACGAGACUCAGAAUCGAGGUGUUUAUAUGUUUCGAAUCAAUAAUGAGCAUGUGAUUGAUGCUACUUUAACUGGAGGCCCAGCCAGAUAUAUCAAUCAUUCUUGUGCCCCCAACUGUGUCGCAGAGGUUGUGACCUUUGACAAGGAGGACAAAAUAAUUAUUAUCUCAAGCAGGCGAAUUCCAAAAGGAGAAGAGCUGACUUAUGACUAUAAGUUUGAUUUUGAAGAUGAUCAGCACAAGAUUCCAUGUCACUGUGGAGCACUCAACUGCAGAAAGUGGAUGAAUUAAAACAUUUAAAGCAAUUUUAGCUGAGUCAGAAUUUACAAUUUCAAAUCAUUCAGAAUUCUGGACUUUGUAUCUGGUACACUCAGAGAAAUCGUACUGACAGAUAUUGCGACAUGGAGUGUCUCAGCAGCAAAACUAUGAAGAUGGGAAAAACUCACUAGUUUACAAAGAAUUAUUUACCAAAUUUCAUGUUGAAAAAUAUCUGUAGUUGAGAGAGAGUGUAGUGAUAUUGUUACUCAGAUGUACACAGCCUUUUAACAACAUUUAGUGAACAAUAAGAUACUGAAACAAAUGGACUGAGCAGGUGUACAGAGAUAUUAAGAUCUACAGCCAAUGACUGCGUUUCCUGCCAGGCCUGUGGGUUGGUUCUGAAUGUAAUCUAUGAUUUUUUUUUUGUCUGUAGUCCCCACAAGAGAGAGAGACAGACAGACAGAUAAUGAGAUCCUCUCAUUGUGCAGACCUUUUCUGAAGGGCCUCAACCUGAAGGACUAAUUUAAUUUCUAUUCUAAUUAAGUCCAAUCAAACGAAGGAAGAGUCACCAGCUUUUUUAACUCUGCUGGGUCUCUGAUUUUCGACAGGUGUGGUACAUCUCAAGGAGAAAGGAAAUGGGGGUUUCUCUGACAAGAUUUUUUUUUGAAAAAUACAAGACUAUUUGAACAUUGCUGGUAUAAGUAAAAUCAACGCAUGUUUAUUUUUAAUAGAAGGCGAGUGAUUUGAAACCAAGGCAGUGAUUUUAAAAAGUAGCACUCCUAAAAACACUAGAGUUUUAAAGAGAUGGUGUCCAUUGGGUGUGAUAAAUUUGAAUGCAUUCGAAGAUUUGGAUUUCCCAUGCUAUUUGCCCUAAUUGUAUGCUGGAGAACCGGUGUGGGAUUUCUUGUUUGGAAGGUUUUUGGUUGCUUUACCAGAAUCAAUAAUGUUAACUUUUCAAACAACAGACUCAUUUUGUGUGUUUAUUACUAUCAUCAGAUUGUAGUUUAUUUCAAGGGAGGUUAAUUCCAUAAUUAACUAAAAUAUAGAAGAAAGAAAAUCAUCAUUAGCUUGGUAGAAACUGAGAAGAGUAAAGCCUCCAUCCAUGCUGGUCACCUUGUGUAAAACCUGAGUGACUAUCUGGGAAAUGUAGAUCUUUUACAUAUUAUGACUCAAAAGUAAUGUGCGAAAGAUAUUUUUGAAAGACAAUCCACAUUAAGAGCUCACUAGGACCAGUUGAAUGGUUCUGUGUUGGGAGUUUAUUGGAAAGAACAUAAUAAAAAGAGUCUCUGAGGCUGGCACAGACAAUUCUAAUACUGUUGGUGAUGAGAUCUGGUUGUAACUGAGUUUAAAUUGACCAGCUCCCAACUGGAAUCUGGAGGAUCCCUUUUAAGCUGUCGACCUGACAACACAUUUCCAUGAUUGGUGACAUUUUUAUCCAAUAUAAUUUGUAUUGUUUCAAAAAUAGAAGUAACAACAUGUCAGUCAUAAAUAGCUAUCUAAUUUGGACGAUCAGGACCUAGAAGUUAAACUAUAAGUCCUCAGUUGCUGAUCAACAGCAUAAAACACAGUGAAAAGGAGGAUGGCACUUGAAGACUUUGGUCUGGGGCCACCUUGAUCCUAUUCAGUCAGUAUCGACAGGCGAGUGGCUAGGGCAUUUGGUUCAACGCACAAACGGACUCUCUCUGAAAUCUCUUGCAGAGGAGACUUGCACUGAAGGAUUUCUCACCUACUUGAUUCCACAAGUCAUUUUACUGUAGUUUUGUUCCUGUAAUAUAUAUAUGAAAGUGUGAAUUUUAUUCGGAACAGUAGGAUAGGUCUGGAUGGGGGAGAUUUUUUUUAUUGGCGCGAUUCAUGAAAGCUGCUGCCCCCACUGCAUCUUCUCCACACUGCAACUGUAAAAAUGUAAAUAUAAGACUUGUAGAAAUCUCCAAAGCAGAAACCACUGGAUCAGAUUCUCAUUCGUACAAAUGAACGGUUGGUAUUGGUAAUAUAAAAUAGCUGCUGGUUGGAUUGAAGCAGGGAAGAUAUUAGCAUGCAAUGAGAAGAUUCUAGGUAAUGUAGAUCAUGUUAGAUAAAUUUAAGCUUACAGUGUUUUACUGUUUUUAUAAUUAAAGCUGAUUUCAGCCCUCUCUUAAAGUGACAGGAGCAGGGGCAUCUUUUAAUGGAAGAUUCUAAUUUAAAAAUGGGACUUUUUUUCAUGUUAACUGAAGAUGUCCACAGAGCCCUGAUGCAUUGUGGGAUCCCACUUCCCUGACUGACACAGUUAGGGAGGUUGCAGUCACGUAAUGUAUUGUUGGAAGUUGCUCAGUUAACAAAUGAAGAUGUCCUAUUUGCAGUAAAGCCUUGUUCAUACUGUUUACACUCUGAGCUAGGUAUUUUGUGGUGCAUUUUAUCCUUGCAAUUGGGGCAAAAACAGAAGCAGAGAUUUCUUGAGUAUUUUUUAAUGAUAAAGUUCCAGAAUAUGAAAGUUUUUUGUUUGUGUUGUGUGCAUUCUGUACAGCAAAUGUUGUCACUGGUAAUGAAUUAAAAUUAUCCUUUUUUAUUGUAUGUGGCAUGUUUUUUUUGUACUGAACAUAAGUUGAAUUGUAUAUAAUUUAUGUCAAAGAGCCAAGAUGCUCUAUGUAUUAAAUCUCCUGCAGGAAUAAGCUUAUUCUGUACAUCCCUGGUACAUGUAGAGACCGUUUAUGAUCAUGUUGGCUAGAUUGUACAAACCUUUUUUUAAAUACAAAUGUAGCAUCUUUGCAUUACUGUAUGAUAAAUAAGGACAUCUGUUCCUACAGAGGUGAAUUUACUGCAUUAAAACUGUUUGAAAUAAAAUCA